AUGGCUGUAACACGGAGCGCAGCUCUCAAGCUUGACUGGACGAAAGUGUCCACUUCACUCGGCCUCCGGGGCCAGACCGCCGCCUCCCUCGCUGCCUUCAAGAAGCGCAACGAUGACGCCCGCCGCAAGGUGCAAGUGCUUUCCGAGCAACCGCAGUCUAUCGACUUCGAACACUACCGCAGCGUGCUGAAGAACCAGGCCGUCGUCGACGAGAUCGAGCAGCACUUCAAGUCGUUCAAGCCCGCCACUUUCGAUGUGAAUAGACAGCUCAAGGCGAUCGAGGCCUUCGAGGCACAAGCUAUGAAGGGCGCGGAGGAGACGAAGGGCAAAGUUGAGCUUGAGUUGCAGAGUCUUGAGAAGACGCUGGCGAAUAUUGAGACGGCAAGGCCGUUUGAGGAUCUUACGGUCGACGAGGUUAGCGAGGCUCGACCGGAUAUCCUCGAGAAAACUUCCCAAUUGGUCUCCAAGGGCAAAUGGAUGCCGCCCGGCUACAAGGAACGAUUCGGCGACCUCUCCUUCCUGUAA